AAUUCAUCGCGAAUUCAUUCUACUUCAUUGUUGUCCUGCAAUCAAUAUGAGCGGACCAACACCAGCACCUCCACCAACCUCCUCUGAGAUUACCCAGCAUGCGGAUGCACGUGAUGCAGGCGCUCCGAAGCCAAUCCUACAGGAAAUGCUUUCCAAAAAGAGUGCCUUGCGUGAGACCGGCAUCGACAAGACCCACCUUGGGUGUGUCAGGACCACAAAGGAUGGCAAAGUAUCCUACCAGCAGACGGAGCUGGACCCUGCAGAGCAAGAAUCUCUCGCAAAGAUCUACGAUGACUGUAGUGGUGAUCCCGACAAGGUGGCCGCCGCAGUACCACCCGAAUACGGCGUGUCCUCGGCUUUGCUAAAGCAGAAACCACCGCCCAACUCAAAAGUAUUUGCAGCGCAGUGUGUGGAGGGAGCGUACCACCUCGAUGAGGCGUCUGGUGAGACGUCAGACAAGGCAUCGCUGGUGUCUAGACUGCCUCAGUCCCAUUGAUCAUUGGAAUAACGAAGUCAAUACUUGAUUGUGAGAAAAUAGUAGAAGACGACCUAGCUAGCUAGUAUAGUCUUAGAACUGUUCCUUCCCAGCUACCUACUUUUUCGCAGGCUUGAUCAUUCAUUGCUAUGACGACACCAUGGAGUGACUCUGUCCAGCGAGACAUGUCGACUGCUGAAGGAAUAUUUCACAACCCAGGCGGAUCAUGACCAAAAAGGCGAAGGAGUUACCCGUCCAUGGUGAACACCAAAUUGUUUUCAUCUUCGACAACGGUUUCAUCAUCGUCGUCUUCGUCCCCAUCGAGCAGAUCUCCGUCAUUGGUCAAAGCAUCAAAUGUCUGAUCUUCCUUGAUGAAUACGGGAGCAUCGGCGGGUGCCACCGCCCGCUUCAUGGGUGUUUCAUCCACGG